CCCACCAAAAUUUAUCAAAAAUUGAUCCCUAAUAACGAACGGUAAGAAAACCCUUCUCUCCGUUCCAUUUUCUCGCCCCAAUCCCUCCUCUCCAUUUCAAAAUCAAAAAAUAAAAAUCGCCUUCAUGAAAUAAAAAAAUAACAAUUUUAGGGGUUUUCCAGUUUUCCUUGCAAUGGUGAAUCCAGUUUCGAGGGAAAUGCUUUCAAGGUUAUCCAACUCAGUGAAUCUAGCUAUUGACUUAGCUUCAAAGCUCGACCUCUGUCGUCAAUUGAAGCAAGACUUAUUGAAGGAAGACGCUGCUGCUCUGUCCGAGUUCCUUCCUCGACUCUUCGACCUUUACUCUGACCCGUCCGGUCCGGUUCGCAAAUUUGCUACUGAGAUUAUUGGUGAAAUUGGUGUGAAGCACCUUGAAUUCGUAACUGAAAUUGCACCGUUUCUGAUAACUGUUUUGGAAGAUGCUACACCUGCUGUUGCUCGACAAUCUAUUGCUUGCAGUAUUGAUUUGUUUCGCCAUACGCUGGAAAAAAUUGCAAUUCAGGGAUACAAUUAUUUACAAGGAAAACUGUUUUUGUUUUGUCUCCACUUGCUGUUAAGUUGUGUUAAUUUUAGCCGUAAGGGUCUAUACUCCAGUGAGUUGGACAGUGAUCUUGAAUCAUCGUGGUCAUGGAUGUUAAAGUUAAAGGAGAAGAUAUACUCUAUAGCUUUUCAGCCAGGAAGUGGUGGGAUAAGAUUGGUGGCUCUGAAGUUUGUUGAAGCAGUUAUUCUUCUUUAUACUCCUGAUCCUAAUGGUUCUCCAGAGCCCCCUUCUGAUGGAGGAACCCCUAUAGAAUUUAACAUAGCUUGGCUUCGUGGGGGCCAUCCUUUACUCAAUGUUGGGGAUUUGUCGAUUGAAGCUAGCCAACGUUUGAUUUUGUUGCUUGAUCAGCUUAGAUUUCCAACAGUAAAAUCGCUCACCAGCUCGGUCAUUGUUGUGCUUAUUAACAGUCUUUCAGCAAUUGCAAAGAAACGGCCUGCAUAUUAUGGACGUAUUCUACCAGUUUUGCUUAGUUUGGAUCCCCCAAGCUAUGUUAUCAAAGGGGUUCAUGUGUAUGGAGCACAUCAUGCUUUGAAAAAUGCCUUACUCUCCUGCUUGAAAUGUACACACCCAAGUGCUGCACCGUGGAGGGAUCGUUUACUUGGUGCCUUGAGAGAGAUGAAAGGUGGAGGACUGGCAGAGCUAGCUCUAAACCAAGCUCAUAAAAUUAAUGGAAGUGUGGAAGAGGAAAAAGAUGAUUCUUCAGUCAUAAAGGAAGAAAAACCCUUGAUUAAAGCAUGUGAUGUUGUUGGUACCAAUGUGGGAAGGAAAAGAUCUGGAACUGAGGACAAUAGUGAUUUGGCUGAAAAUGAUGAUGUGUCUGGAAAACGUGUCAGGUCAACACCUAGUGUCUCAGAAGAGUCAACAAAAGAGUUAAACAGGAAUACUACUAUGUCUCAGGGUGACAUUUUUUCAACUCAACCUACCACAAACAAAGGAGAUGUUGAUACUGGACCAGUCCAGCAACUUGUUGCCAUGUUUGGAGCCUUGGUUGCUCAAGGAGAACAAGCUGUGGGAUCUUUGGGGAUUCUUAUUUCAAGCAUAUCUGCUGACUUGCUGGCUGAUUUAGUGAUGGCUAACAUGGGUAACCUUCCUCCCAGUCAUCCUCACACUGAUGGAGAUGAUGAAUUGCUGGAGAACAUGUGCAUAGUUGGAAGUGACACUCAAGCCAAGUAUCCACCAUCAUUUUUAGCUGAUGUUGUUUCACUGUCGAGUACUUUCCCGCCAAUAGCCUCAUUACUUAAUUCUCGGCAAUCAGUUUCCAAUAAAAUAGUGAUACAGAAAACAGAAGGGGAGGAAGAAGUUGAUGUUGUGGCUGGCCCAAAUAAUGCUGUUGCACAUGCUGGCAUGGCUCAUGAGGCUGAAAAUGCUUUGUUGGCUGCUGAUUUACCAGUUUCUUCUGACAUUGUUUUGCCUGGAAUGGAGAAGAUUGAUCUACCUACUCCGUCUGAUAUCCAAGAUGUGGGGAAUCUUGAAAGUGAGAUACCUGGUUUGGAUUCUUCUGUUCAUAAUGAUGGAUUGUCAGAUACCCAGGCAGCUUCCUCGUUGGUCUCUACUGAUCUAGAAGAUGCUAGUCAAGACCAAGUUACAAGUUUUGGUGGAAGGUCACUGCUGCAUGUGCUUCCAUCAAUUUCAACAGAUAGGUCUGAGGAGCUUAGUCCAAAAGCAGUUGUUACCGAUUCCAACAGCAUGAUUUCCUCAACAGCAACUUCCGUUGUUUCAUCCUAUUGCUUUGUCUUGCCCAAGAUGUCAGCACCUGUUGUUAAUCUUUCUGAUGAUCAGAAGGAUGAUUUGCAAAAGUUGGCUUUUAUACGUAUCAUUGAGGCAUACAAGCAAAUAGCAGUAGCUGGAGGUUCUCAAGUUCGCUUUUCUCUGCUUGCUUAUAUGGGAGUUGAGUUGCCAUCAGAGUUAGACCUACAGAAACUUCUACAAGAACACAUUUUGUCAGAUUAUAUAAAUCAUGAGGGACACGAGUUGACAUUGCGUGUCCUCUACAGGUUAUUUGGAGAGGCAGAAGAGGAAAGUGAUUUCUUCUCAUGUACAACUGCUGCUUCCGCAUAUGAAACAUUCCUUCUGGCUGUAGCUGAAACUCUUAGGGACUCUUUUCCACCUUCUGACAAAUCUUUAAGUAGACUACUUGGUGAAGCUCCUCGCCUGCCAAAAUCGGUUUUGAAUUUAUUAGAGGGUUUGUGCUCUCCUGGAAUCUCAGAGAAAACUGAGAAGGAGUCACUAAGUGGAGAUAGAGUUACUCAAGGCCUCAGCACCGUAUGGAGUCUAAUUCUAUUGAGACCCCCCAUUCGAGAUGUGUGCUUGAAAAUUGCUUUGCAGAGUGCUGUUCAUCACUUGGAGGAAGUUCGAAUGAAAGCAAUACGUCUGGUAGCUAAUAAGCUUUACCCUCUAUCAUCCAUUGCUCAACAAAUAGAAGAUUUUGCCAGGGAAAUGGUGCUCUCUGUAGUAAAUGCUGAUGGUACAGAAAGAACAGAUGCUGAAGGAUUAAUCACUGAAUCACGUAAGGAUUCUGAUUCAGAAAAGCCGUCAAAUGAGCAUCAGUCAAUGAGUUCCAUUAGUAAAGACAUCUCUGAUGAUGUUCAUCAGUCAGAAACAUCUCAGAGUGUGUCAUCCCUUUCUGUCCCUGAGGCACAGCGGUGCAUGUCUCUGUAUUUUGCUCUGUGUACAAAGAAGCACUCUCUUUUUUGCCAAAUAUUUCUUAUCUACAGUAGUGCAUCAAAGGCAGUUAAGCAGGCAAUCCAUCGUCAUAUUCCCAUACUAGUUCGUACCAUGGGCUCGUCAUCUGACCUUCUUGAAAUUAUUUCAGAUCCUCCUAGUGGAAGCAAGAAUCUUCUGAUGCAGGUAUUGCAUACACUGACUGAGGGGACGGUUCCUUCAGCAGAAUUGAUAUUUACCAUUAAGAAGUUAUUUGAUUCAAAAUUAAAGGAUGUUGAAAUUCUAGUUCCAGUAUUGCCAUUCCUACCAAGAGAUGAGGUUUUGCUGCUCUUUCCGUAUCUUGUAAAUCUUCUGCCAGAUAAGUUCCAAGCUGCACUUACCCAUUUGCUACAGGGAUCUUCUCAUUCUGGUCCAGUGCUCUCUCCAGCUGAAGUGUUAAUUGCUAUCCAUGGCAUUGAUCCCGAAAGAGAUGGAAUUCCCUUGAAGAAGGUCACAGAUGCAUGUAAUGCUUGUUUUGAGCAACGGCAGAUAUUCACCCAGCAAGUUCUAGCGAAGGUCUUAAAUCAGUUGGUUGAGCAGAUUCCUCUUCCUUUGUUGUUUAUGCGUACUGUAUUACAAGCCAUUGGUGCUUUUCCUGCAUUGGUGGAAUUUAUAAUGGAGAUUCUUUCUCGUCUUGUAAGCAAGCAGAUAUGGAAAUACCCAAAGUUGUGGGUAGGAUUUUUGAAAUGUGCACUCUUGACAAAGCCUCAAUCUUUCAGCGUGUUGCUUCAGCUACCUCCUCCACAGCUGGAAAAUGCACUGAAUAGAACUGCAGCGCUCAAAGCUCCUUUGGUUGCUUAUGCUAGCCAACAGAAUAUACGAGCUUCACUUCCAAGGUCUGUAUUGGCAGUUUUGGGACUUGCUCCGGAUUCUCAGUCUUCCAGUCAGGUACAAACAAGUCAGGCUCUUCACACUGGAGAUACAAGCAAUUCAGAGAAAGAUGCAGUGGCAGAGAAAUCUAAGGAAUCAUCUAGUGCUAGCUGAAGUUCCAGAAAUAAAAUUUUGCAGGAACUAAUGCUUAAAGGUUAACGUUUCUACAUCUCUGACUGCCAUGGGUCCACGAGCUCCCGAAUCUGGUCUUCAAUCAAAUAUAUCUAACCCACAUAUAUAUAAAUGCCAUUGGUAGAAAAUGGCUGGCUGAAAAUAUUGAAUCCGCAGGAAUUUCACAGGUUUGUAAUCAUGUACAAUAGGGUUGGUUGGAAUUUUGAUGAGUUGAAGUAGAAUUAGCACAAUCUAUCUCGUUUAUUUGAUGAUGUAUUGCAUUAUGACUUUUCUCAAGCGGCCUGUGAAUAAUAAUAAUAAUAAUAAUGUUGUUACAUUGAUAGAUAGUUUUUAACGAAAAACAGGGUUUUGUUUUUUAGAACAUUAAGAAUCCAAUGACAGCUCGUGUCAACAGAAUCUUACAAAGGAAUCAGAUUGGCCCCCACAAACCUUGAUUUUUUUGUUUUUGGGAAUCGGAGGUGACCAAAUCCAACAUCUAGAAAUAUGAGUAUGACAGAGAGCCUACCUUAUUAUUAACAGAGAUGGGAAAAACAUGCGGCUAAUUUCCUGUAGCAUGUAACGAACUAUGAGAUAGAAGAUGUUCGUUCAAUUUGGAAGAAUAUUAUUAUCA